AUGUUCAAACAUCAACAACUGAACACUCCCCCAAGGGCUUUGCCAUCGGAAUCAACUGAAUAUCGAUUGACAGUGCCCGUGAUUCCAUUAAAGGCCAACAAGCGUAAUGAUUACUUUUGUGUUAUUAACACCCCUCAAAGUGUCACACCGGAUAUUCAGAAAAUUGCCAACCAAAGUCAAUCGAUAAAUGAGAAGAGGGAUUUUCAAUGGUUUUUUUUCCUGCAGAAAAGUGAGUCAAUAGCUAGUGCUUUUCAGAGACUCGAUGAAGAAAUUUUGGUGCUGGAAAUGAAAUGUCCAGGAGCAAGAUUAGCUACAGCUGAAGCUUGGGUGGAACAUUUGGAGAAUCUAAAGAAGCAAAAAGAACUUACAAUUGAUUACUCUGAUGAUCCAUUUUCUGUUCAAAUAAAGGAUCCACAAGUGUCUUUGAACCCUUUGAACUCUGAAAGGGAUGAUCUUCUUAAGGUCCGUACUAUGGCUCUACAACUAGGAAUAAUUUCUAAUCCCAGAAAAGCCCUUGAACAGGAAGAAUUUGUGGCUAAGGUAAGUGCAAGGUCUAUGCAAAUAACAGAAGAUGAGUUGCAUGUGGAAAUGAUUCAGCAUGGUCAGCAGAGAGUUGAGGAUCUCAAGAAGGAGUACAUCAAAUUGAGGGGUCUCUAUGAGGAGCAAGAUGGUCUCUGGGCCUCAAUAACUGGAGGGAGCUAUACCUCUGGGCUGGAACAGAGGUUGGAUAGGGAACUCGAGGAAGCCCGUCAUAUUCGGGAUAGAUUAGUUUCCGUGGCUGAACAAUGGAGAACUUCUGGAGCUCUCCUGACAGCAGCUACGAAGUGCUCUGAACAGACUAUUCAGUACUGGAAUUUGAUUCCUAUGACCAGGAGGACAGAUGACAAAUUGUCGCUGGUCCUGGAUUGUCGGCAUGCCCUUCAGGCAGCUGUGAAGGCAUAUGAGGGUGCACAGAUAGCUCUGCCUCAGGCGGAAAUCUUGAAAACGCGUCUCCUGACAAGUGUGAAGAAUGCAGGAUUGUAUCUCUUAACGGACAUGGUGAAUGCGAAAAGGUAUGGGCAGACUAAAGGGGUGUUCGAGGGCUUUCAAGAAGUCCUGGAAAAUACAACAAAGUGGCUUCAGGAGACAUUCACAAAGACCCUGGGGAAGGAUAUUCGAGAAUCUGAGGAAAUGAUGAUGCAACUGGCAAAGAGACUACGUCAGGAGAGAAUAAAGUAUAUUUAUGCAAAUAUAGAUGGGAAAAAAAUUUAUGUACCACGAAAAAAUGACACGUUAUAG